CGAUGGCCGGGACGAAUAGAAUGAUUUAAUGAUGCCUUGCUGCCAUCUCCGAAGUCUGAAGUAUUCCAUGUCUGUGGGUCCCAGAAUUUGCUGAAAGAUGGAGGAGCCUCAGAAAAAUGAUCCCAUCACAGUGGGCCUGGAGGAGGAGGACCCUCUCAAAAGCACAGGCCCUCAGAUUUCCGUUAGUGAAUUUUCUUGCCAUUGCUGUUAUGACAUCCUGGUGAACCCCACCACCUUGAACUGUGGGCACAGCUUCUGCCGGCACUGCCUGGCUUUAUGGUGGGUGUCUUCGAAGAAAACAGAAUGUCCAGAAUGCAGAGAAAAAUGGGAAGGCUUCCCCAAAGUCAACAUUCUCCUCAGGGAUGCCAUUGAAAAGUUAUUUCCUGAUGCUAUUAGAAUGAGAUUUGAAGACAUUCAACAGAACAGUGACAUAGUCCAAAGUCUCGCAGCCUUUCAAAAAUAUGGGAAUGAUCAGAUUCCUUUAACUCCCAACACAGGCCGAAUGAAUCAGCAAAGAGGAGGGGGGUUCUUUUCUGGAGUGCUCACGGCUUUAACUGGAGUGGCAGUGGUCCUACUCGUGUAUCACUGGAGCAGCAGGGAAUCCGAGCAUGACCUCCUGGUCCACAAGGCUGUGGCCAAAUGGACAGCAGAAGAAGUUGUCCUCUGGCUGGAGCAGCUGGGCCCGUGGGCCUCUCUCUACAGAGACAGGUUUUUGUCUGAAAGAGUGAAUGGAAGGUUGCUUUUAACUCUGACAGAGGAAGAAUUUUCAAGGGCGCCAUAUACCAUAGAAAAUAGCAGCCACAGAAGAGCCAUCCUCAUGGAGCUGGAGCGUGUCAAAACACUAGGUGUGAAGCCCCCCCAAAAUCUCUGGGAAUAUAAGGCUGUGAACCCAGGCAGGUCCCUGUUCCUGCUAUAUGCCCUCAAGAGCUCCCCAAGACUCGGUCUGCUGUACCUGUACCUGUUUGACUACACAGACACCUUCCUGCCCUUCAUCCACACCAUCUGCCCUCUGCAGGAAGACCGCUCCGGGGAGGACAUCGUCACCAAGCUUCUGGAUCUGAGAGAACCCACUUGGAAACAGUGGAGGGAGUUCCUGGUCAAAUACUCCUUCCUCCCAUACCAGCUGAUUGCUGAAUUCGCCUGGGACUGGCUGGAAGUCCACUACUGGACAUCACGGUUUCUCAUUGUCAACGCCAUGCUACUCUCAGUUCUGGAGCUAUUUUCUUUUUGGAGGAUCUGGUCAAGAAGUGAGCUUAAGACACUGCCUCAGAGGAUGUGGAGCCAUUUUUGGAAAGUGUCAACGCAGGGGCUUUUUGUGGCCAUGUUCUGGCCCCUUAUUCCCCAGUUUGUGUGCAACUGUUUGUUUUACUGGGCCUUGUAUUUCAACCCAAUCAUUAACAUCGAUCUCGUGGUCAAGGAAGUCCGACGGCUGGAAACGCAAGUGUUGUGACUGGCACUGCCCAGGCUCUGAGAGGCUCCUCAGGUCUCCCUGACGCCUGAGCUGAUGCUUCGGAGGGUAAGGGAGGAAGAGACUUCCUAUUUCUACCCCUGGUAAAACAAGGUGCUGCUUUGUAUGACAAAGGCUUCAACCAGGUCCUCUCUUCUCUGCCUGUGGCACACCGAGGCAGCAGACUGACACCCCAGUGGACGGAGGACUGUCUCACCCACUCAGCAGCAGCCCCUCCCUCCACAUCAUGCAGCUGCCCCCUCACAGGGACCUGGGUGGCUCAGGCCACCAUGACUGGCAAGACUCAGAGUCCUCAGAGGACACAGUGUGGGUGACGUCAGAAGGCUACCACAUUGGCAUCUCCCUCCCUUGCCUCAGUUAAUGACAGGUACCCAGGGCCAAGACCAGGCUUGUUUGAGCCAGGCUGGUCCUGUACGUCAAAUUUAGGAAGACAGGGGUAGGGUUUUGUCAUAGGCAUAAAUAGUUACAUAUUAUAUUAAAAAAAAAAAAAAAAAAAAAA